AUGUCCUCCCCUCCCUCCAUCGAAUCCCUCAAACUCUCCUCUUCCUCCCCUACCAAGGCAGACCGCCCGUCCUCUCCCUCUGCCGAUGAGGCACCCAACGGUGAUGCUCCCACCGAAGCUACCGCCCCAUCCUCGGAGAAGCCAACAGAAAAUGGAACACCCAAUGGCCAUUCCGAUAUUUCCUCCCCUACAUCCCUCGUUAACGGCGCUAGUGACGCCAACGGUACAACCACUUCGAAAGAUUUCGCAGCCGUUCCGGCCAAAUCAAACGGCGCUGCUCCUCCCCCUACCCUCACCACUGCGUCCCGGCCCGCGCCAACAGCUACUGCCUCAACACCAGCGGUACCUGCAGCGCGGGCGCCCAUGGCACGACCCGGCGUUGGAGGUGGGAGGGGCGGGAUGCAGGCGCCGAUGGGAAUGAGGGGCCGAGGCGGUCAGCCUAUGCAGGCUAGACUGCCACCAUCGUUGCAGGCCAAGAUGGAGGCUGCUGCAGCACGAGGCGGACCCGCUCCUUCUCCUCAGACAGGUAUCGCCCCGAAUCCUAGCGCAACAUCUAUGGCCGCCCUUCUCCGCUCGCAAGCGCUCGGGGGCGGAACAGGCGGAGGAGGCGGCGCAGCGGCAGGUCCAGCGGGGAUGGCGAAUGCUUUGAACCGACCUGGACCCGCAUCUGGACCAUUGGGUCUGGCUGCUCGGCGGGGACCAGGAGGGAUGGCGCGCCCGACGCUGGGGUCAAUGGCUACUGCUCCAGGCGGUAUGCAGCGGGGACCAGGCGUGGCUGGGCGGAGGAUGGGUCCGCCUGGUGGUUUGAACUUGUCGAGUAUGGGCGGAGGAGCGGGAGGGGGUGCCAAGGCGGACAACAAGUUCACCGACUUCAACAAGAUUAUGGACCCCUCAGGCUCGCUCAAGUUCUCAUCCAAAGCGGUUCUUACCGCCAAGGGAGUGGAGUUCGAGGAUGGUGCAUCUUUCAAGAUCAAUAUGGACGAGAUGGAAAUUGUCGGCGAGCUGGGCAAGGGAAAUUACGGAAGUGUACAGCAGGUGUACCAUCGGCCAAGCGAGAUCAACAUGGCCAUGAAGGAAAUCCGUCUCGAACUAGACGAGUCCAAGCUCAACGGUAUCAUCAUGGAGCUCGACGUCCUCCACCGUGCGGUCGCGCCCGAGAUUGUUGAGUUCUACGGCGCGUUCACGAUCGAGUCCUGCGUCUACUAUUGUAUGGAGUACAUGGACGCGGGAUCGCUCGACACGCUUACGGGUGGAGGUGUUCCUCUUGCAGACGCGAAAGCGGAGGAGGGCGAAGAGGGGUGUGCGCUCAGAGUGCCGGAGCCAGUUUUGAGGAGAAUCACGGCGGCGAUGGUGAGGGGGCUGAAGUUCUUGAAGGAUGAGCUGCAGAUCAUGCACCGAGAUGUCAAGCCGACGAACGUGCUAAUCAACAAGAAGGGCGAAGUCAAGUUGGUGGACUUCGGUGUAUCAGGACAGCUGGAGAAGAGUCUGGCAAAGACAAAUAUAGGUUGUCAAUCCUACAUGGCUCCCGAGCGUAUCAAGGGCGAAUCGCAAAACCAACCGUCAACCUAUACCGUCUCUUCCGAUGUCUGGUCGGUCGGACUGUCCAUCAUCGAGCUCGCCAAGGGCUGCUACCCCUUCCCCCCUGAAACCUUCGCCAAUGUCUUUGCGCAACUACAGGCUAUCGUCUAUGGUCCUGCACCAACACUGCCACCUGGAUACUCGGCCGACGCUCAGGAUUUCGUGGCCAAGUGUCUCAUCAAAGAUGCAAAUGGCAGACCGACGUACGCGCAGCUCCUGGAGCAUCCCUUCCUUGCCGCAGACAAGGAUGCCGAGGUGGAUAUGGCUGGUUGGGUCGCGGAGGCGCUCGAGCGGAGAGCAGCAAGGGGUGUCAAACCACUAGCGAUGGUGGAGGCAUGA